CCCUGGUGAACAGUAAAUCUGGAACAAAACUUAAUUGCCGCCCUACUUUUUCGUAUGCAUCAGUGUAGAUUGGUUGGGCUUUUAAUUAAUUAUAUUAUUAUUGCCUAUAUUGUGACUUGUAACGAGCAAAAAUGUUCUAUUGCAAUAAGAACCCCUUCCAUUGCAAUUUCUCCAAUAUAAUGCAAAAAAUAUAAAAAAAUCUCUAAACAUAUCUUUAUGAGGUUCCGCAUCAGAACCCCUUCCAUUGCAAUUUCUCUGGCUCCUGCGCAAAGGACGGAAAGACAGUUAGGUAAAAACAGGUAUGUUAAUUGAUAUGGACCAAGUAGUGAUGGCAAUUUCAACCCGCCCCGUGGGUAUUACCCGACCUGACCCGCGAUGGGGCGGGUAUUACCCGACACGUAGUAGCGUGGGGCGGGGCAUGGGUAUCUACUUCCGACCUGCUCUGCCCCGUCUCGCCCCAUUCUAGACUCAUUUUAUCUCAAUUUCUUACAAUUUCUAUACAUAUUUAUCCUAUUUUGACUUUUCUUCAACUAGUUAGAGUCGCUCUUUCAACUUGUUAGACUCAAUUACCCAUUCUAUUAUCACUAUUUUUCAUUCUUAAAAUGUUUUUCUCUUCGUUUUAUCGUAAAAAGUAAAAUUUAUUUGUAUUUUUUCCGAAUAACAAGUAAGAGUGGGUCGACCCGCCCCGCCCCGUACCCGCACGGGUUUUACCCGCCCCGCCCUGUAGUAGCGUGGGGCGGGACAUGGGAAUUGAGGUACCCGCCCCGCCCCAUUACCAUCACUGGGACCAGGGAAAGCAAACAAGGGAGAAUAGAGGAAGCUUUUAGUUCAUUUGUGCCAUGGAAAGUAAAAAAAAAAGAGAGAGGGGGCUUUAGUUUGUGGGCCCAGCUUCUAAAUUUUGUAAACUCUCGCGAGUAGGGAUGACAAUGGGUCGGGUUGGGCCGGGUUUGGUCAAACCCAAACCCAAAUCCAUGGGUUUAUCCGUGAAAAAAAUCCGGGGUAAACCUCACUGGGUUUGAAAAACUCAAACUCAACCCAACCCGCUGGGUAUCCGCGAGUUCAUGGUACCUAGGGGUGGCAGCCGGUCGGUUUUCGUUUAACUGAAAACCAAAAACUCGGUUAUCGGUUAAACCGAGCCACCCCCAGUAGUUGCCGACCACCAACCGUGGGGAAAAACCUAUUUUCUCUAAAAAAUAAACCCUAAAAAAUUAAUGAAAAAAAAACAAAAAAUUUCUACCUCUCAAUCCUUAUCUCCUCCUCUCUCCUUCCUUCCUCCACCAACCCACCAUACCACUUCUCUUCUCUCUCCUUCCUCCACCAUUUCACAAUUCACACCCACCAAACCACGUCUCCUUCUUUCUCCUUUCUCCAUGAAUGAACAAAUCUGCAGGGGGCGGGGUCACCGGGAAACCUAGCGCCGGCGCGGGAGAAGGACAAGGCGGGGCAGGGAGAACCGGAGAAGGCAGAGGAGUGGAUCUACCGCCACUGCUCCCUGUCGCUGCUGUCGGCUGGCUCGCGGCUGACGGAGAGAGGCGGGGUCGUCGGAGAAGGGAGAUGGGACGUCGGGGAGGGGUGGUGGUUGGCUGGGGGCUUCGUCGUCGAUUCCUCUUCUUCCCCCAUCUGAUUCUGGAUCUGACGCCGCCGCUCCCUGUCGCUGUUGUCGGCUAGCUCGCGACCGACAGAGGGAGGAAGGCGGGGUCGUCGGGGAGGGGAGAUGGGACGUCGGGGAGGGGUGGUGGUUGCUGGGGCUGGCUGCAAGUGACGGCUUGGGGAGACGAGAGGGAUAGAUAGGGCAGAAGGUUAGGGAUUUGGUCGUUUAUAUGAUUUGGGAUCGUUUCGGAGGAAAGGGGAAGGGGGUGUGUCGUCGUUUCAGAGGAAAGGGGAAGGGGGUCGGUUUUCCGGUUAACCGACGGUUUUCGUUGUCGGUUUCUCGGGUAGCCGACCCUCUUCCCCUUUCCUCAGACGACCGACCGUGGAAAGAUGGGGGCGGUUUUCGAUUAGCCGAAAACCUGUCGGUUCGGUCAUAACCGACCGGUUAACUGCUAACCGGAAACCGUUCUGCCACCGCUAAUGGUACCCACGGGUUUUGUCGUAAAAAAUUUACAAUAACAAGUUUCUAUCAAAAUUAAAGUCAAAUAUCAAU